AUGGGUAAAGUUACAAGAAAAAUAAGAGAAGAGAAAAAAAAAGAAAGAAGCCCUAGACGUCUUAGUGCGGCCAAGUAUCCUAGUAUUACUGAAACUAUCCAAGGUACAGUUGUAGAUUUAGUGCACGAAAGAGGAAGGGGGGUACCCUUAGCUUAUAUUAAAUUUAAUAAUGAGACAUUUUCUGUUAUUGCCACUGAAGGGAUAUACACCGGUCAAAAUAUUUUAAUUGGAGAUAAUGCGCCUAUAGCCAUUGGUAAUAUUACAAAGCUUAAGAAUGUUCCUGGUGGUAUGGCAGUACAUUCUAUUGAAUACGAAUAUGAAGAUGGUGGAUGUGUAGGAAUGACAGGAGGUGCGUAUUCUGUCGUAGUCAAUCACAGGGAAGAAUCUAAUGAAACAGUCCUUGGAUUACCAAGUGGACAAAAAAAGGUUUUUAGUAGCGAAGUAAGAUGCAUUGUAGGUGUUCCUGCAUCAGGUGGUAUAAAAGAAAAACCUUUCCUUAAAGCUUCUGUUGCCUAUUACUUUAAUAAAGCACAUGAAAAGAAAUGGCCAAGAGUGCGUUGUGUAGCUAUGAACCCCGUAGAUCAUAAAUUUGGAGGGGGUAAUCAUCAACAUGUCGGUAGGCCUACUACAAUAUCUAAGAGAAGACCGCACGCACAGCUUAUGGGUUUGAUUGGUGCUAGAAGAACUGGUAGAGUUAAAGGAAGUAAAAAAUAA